UUGAAACGGUGUGGAUGAGAAAAUAUAUAUAUAUAUAUAUAUAGAUAUAUAUAUAUGUAUUAUUAACUGCGGUCAACAACGGUAAUGACCACAACAAAACAUAUACGUUAGCAACGUGUACAACAUAAGUGAAAUUCGCCAAAAGGCACAUUUAAACCAAUAAAAAUAUUGAAGUGAAAAAGAAGUAUCCUUACUGUGUUUAACUGUGAUCCUCGAAAGACGAAAACGAAAAUUCAAAAUGGCGCGCGAUCAAUUGAAUUCCGGCAUGCGUUGUGCAAAAUUUAUGCUGGUUAUUGUGAGCUUCAUGUUUGCGCUCACUGCGGUGCUGCUCAUCAUGGUCGGUUCAACAAUUCAAGCGAUAUUCGGUGACUUCAGCCAAUUUAUCGAUGAUCACUUCUCCUCACCGCCAGCCUUACUCAUCGCUAUCGGUUUCAUUCUGUUGCUCGUAGCAACCUUGGGUGCUUAUGGUGCGGUUAGGGAGAGUGUUAUGCUAAUCAAUUUGUAUGGUGUAAGCUUAUUCUUGGUAUUUAUUCUGGAAGUCGCCGCUGCUAUUGCCGCCUUUGUAAUGCAAAAUCAAGUAGGUGGCAUGUUGAUGCGUACUAUGAACGAGUCCUUGCAACAAUAUUAUGACAAUGAAUAUUUACAAGUUGGCGUCGAUUUUAUGCAAGCCACGCUCGGUUGCUGUGGUGUAAACAGCCCAAUGGACUGGAGAUCCGCAAAUAACACUAAUGUUGAAGAAAUCGAAGUGCCAUCAUCAUGCUGUGAGGAGUUCUCUCUCGAAGAUGUUGACUCCUGUCUUAAACCCUUCGAUAGCGGUUGCUUGCCACGUAUGAACUUUAUAAUCUCGCAGAGCACUAUGCUAAUUGCCACCGGUGCUACCACAGUAGCUUUUGUGCAGAUCCUCGGCGUACUUUGCGCCUUUAUGUUGGCUAAAACACUGCGACGCAACAAGUCGUUACGCGAAGCACGCCGUUGGCAACUACAACAAAGUUUGGGUGUAUUAAUUUCGGGUGGAAAAAUGGCGCCACCAGCUAAUUCACCGCUUAACGGUUAUACACAAUUGGAACGUGCCGAACGUUAUAUGGAACAAGAUCCCGUCACGUAUACGCCAAGCAGUCCCAGCGUGAAUUAAAUGGAAAAAGGAGAGCGGCGAGCAUAUGGCCAACAAAUGGAUUUAGUAAUAAUGAAGUGCCUAAAAGAAAAUAUAUUUUUUUUCGCCAAAAAACGGAAUUAUUUAUGUUUUUAACUUUCAGCUAUACAAAUGUAGUUUUUUAGCAACAUAAACAAAAAAA